AUCUGUAUGCACAUAUAGUCGAACAUCAAGUUUCAACUUGCUUUGUUUUAAAGUUUAGCAGUGAGGGUUAGUUAUAGGCCAGUUCCGUAAACUGUCGGUCACAGUUGUAACAGCUCAAAGCUUUGCUGCUUCUUUCUCUUUUUGUAAAAAAUAGACUGUUUUAUUGCAGCUGCCUUUGAGAUUGUCUUAUUCAUAAUCUGUUAAACAUGAACGGCGCAAAGCGAAGACUACUGAUGCUGAUUUUAUCAUUUGUGGGAUGGAGUUCGAACCCAGCCCUCGCCAAAACUUGUUUCCAAGAUGUUAGACGCCCUACGACUCCCUUCGAAGCACAGGACUACCUGCUCCGGUAUGGGUAUCUAUCAGCUCAGGACUUGUGGCGGAGCUUCUCGAGGCAGGCCCUCCAGGAAAGUCUGAAGGUCUUCCAGGAAAUGGCCCACAUCAACCAGACAGGUGUGUUGGACGCCCCAACGUACCAUAUGAUGCAGAUUGAGCGAUGUGGUAACCUGGACAUUUCGGACGGGACUAGCUUUACUUCUGAUCUUCCGGACCAUGAUAGGCCGCUGUUUCCUUCCGCCGCCCAGAGACGCAAGAAGAGGUUUGCUAGGCAAGAAACGCAGUGGCAAAAGCAACACCUGACGUACAGAAUAAUGAACUACACUCCGGACCUGUCACGUGACCAAGUGGACCAAACCAUCGCCGCAGCCUUCAAGGUCUGGUCUGACGUCACUCCUCUGACGUUCACGCCCUCUACGUGCUCCCCGGUGGAUAUUGAGAUCAGAUUCGCCUCUGGUGAUCAUGGUGACGGGAACCCCUUUGAUGGACAGUGGGGCGUUCUAGGCCACGCCUACUAUCCCUAUGACAACUCAAUGGAUUGGCAUGGAGACGCCCACUUUGACGAAGCUGAAAAUUGGAUUUUGGAUUACAGUGAUGAUGGAAGUCCGGAUAAGUUUGAUCCAAACGAACCCCUGCCGAUCACAAACUGCAGAAUGGCAGAUCAGCCGGCAUCUCCUGCAGAACCGACUUCCACGCCGCUGACAGCAGCCACAGAACCGGACACAUCCACUGAGACUUCCAGCACCACGCAAACGACUUCCGGAUUAAAGUCUACAACUACACAAACGACUUCUAGUACUACGUUUUCGCCAACGACUUCUAGCACCGCAGCCAGCACGUCUUCUUCGCCAGCGACUUCGAGUACCACAGCCAGCACGUCUUCUUCACCAACAACUUCUAGUACCACAGCCAGCACGUCUUCUUCACCAACAACUUCUAGUACCACAGCCAGCACGUCUUCUUCGCCAACAACAUUACAACAUGUGCCGGCAGAUGAGCUGCCGUGGACAAGCCACGCCCCUUGUAGCGGAAGUGUUGACGCCAUAACUCUUGCGGUGGAUGGUCGAACUUACGCAUUCAGAGGUAAGAUGAUAUUUUGUUUUAACACCUACGGGGUUGAAACGGGGUUUCCUAAACCCAUCAACACGGUGUUCCCGAGGGCCCCGACAACGGUGGACGCCGCCAUGACCUUGAGACUCCCAGGGAAGCAUUCUAGCGAAAGAACCUUCCUGAUCAGCGGCUCGUAUGUUUGGCGAUACCGAGCUGAAUGGGUGUCUAGAUACACACCUGAGCUACAGCUCGAUUGGGACUUCCCCAGAACGUUGUACGAAGAGUUCAAUGUCUAUAGUGACAAGAUCAACGCCGCCUUCACCGCCGGUGGGAAAUAUUCCGACAGAGCGUAUCUGGUUGAAGAUGACUACUAUUGGGAGAUUAAGUUCGACAAAAAGGGCAAAACAAAGGCGAAGAAGAACCAUAUACACAAGAGCAAAAUCCUGGACAGUCUACCUAGGCUUGACGCUGUUUUCCAUAAUGAUGUGAUUGCGAAAACGUACUUCUUCUCUGGGCAGACUUAUUAUCGACAAUCUUCGCACCGUAGAGGUACAUUAUAUGGCCCACGUGACACGGGACCGUCGUGGUUUGGUUGCCAAGACAACCAACAAGCCUCAAAGAAUUGGUAAUCCUAAACCAAACCAGCAUUUCAAACUCUUGUAUCCUUUGUUAUAAAAAUAAAAUGCAUAUUUCUCAGUAA